AUGGUUCAAGAGGCAAAUCCAGGGAUAGGACCUGAAGAGUAUUUAGAGACAUACUACGAGUACGAGAGAUCCAACGAGGAAACUGAAGAAGUAAGGAGCAUUGAGGAGGUUAUUAGUGAGUCCCACCCUUUAGGAAUGAUACCAGACCAUUACACGACACAAGAAUACCCCACUGAUCGGACGCGCUCCUUGGAGGAGGAAGUUGCCACUCUCAGACAACAACUUUUCACAGCAGAAACCAGAGCAGCUCGAGCGGAGCCUGAGAGGGACGAAAUCACUCGGGAGAUGAUUGAGCUGGCUGACCUGUUGGUGUGCCAUUUCGGCAUUUGA